UCAUACCUAACUCUGUUGGCAAAAAAGAAGUCUUGAGUGAGUUGACUCUUAUGAGCUGGGACUUGAUUUAUGCGCAUUGAGAAAGAGUGAGAGAAAGAGUACGAAUUUCAUCUGGUGUCAAAUGUUCAGGCCUGGUGAUCUGAUGGACCAGAAUUUUUCAGUUUGUAGUUAUCAGACUAACUACAGCAUACUGUUACACAAGAUAUGGUAUGACCUCAACCAAAAAUACGAUUAAACUGCAAUAAAAGAUACAAAAACCUCAGGCACCAACUUCAGCUACUAAAGUGGAAUUUCUCUAACACAAGAUGGCGAUAUCAGCAUCCGCAUCUGAACUUAGGAUUGUGAUGUUCGGAAAAAGUCAGAAUGAAAAAACAACACUAAGUAACUUCAUCACUGGAAUAAAAGAUUGUUCUCAUCCAAAACUGAACAAGCAAUUUGCGCAUAUCUACGGAGAGUGGCGAAAAAAACCCUUCACAGUAGUGAAAACAGCAGAAAUCUUCAGUCUGCCUGUGGAUAAAGUCAAACAUGAGAUGAAGAAGUGUGUUGCUCAUUGUCCCCCUGGACCAAAUGUUCUGCUGCUGUUAGUGAAGCCUUCUGAUUUCUCUGAGGAGGACAGACAAAAAUUUAACUUCAUCAUGAGCUUCUUUGGAAAAGAUGCUUUUAAAAACCUAAUGAUCAUCAUAACACAAAAUGAUAGGGGAGAAAAUUCCUCAGUGAACCAACUCAUCCAAGACUGCACACAAAGAGAGCACAGAAUCAACCUGGAUGAAAAAGAAUUCCAUGACUAUGAUCUUCAACAACUGAUGGAAAAAAUGGAGAACAUAGUGAGUGAAAACUGUGGACAUUUAACCUUUACUGAAGAGACCGAUCCCAUGGUAUCACCUGAAUGUGCACCCCCCCCUCUAAACCUGGUAAUGUGUGGGAGACAUGGGGCCUGGAAGAAUUCAGCAGCUAAUGCCAUUCUUGGAGAAAGAAAGUUUGGUCCACCUGCUGACUCAUUAGUGUGUGUUAAAAAUGAGGCAGAGGUGUGUGGACGUUGGGUUUCCCUGGUAAAACUGCCUGCCUUGUAUGGAAAACCUCAGGAGGCAGUCAAGAAGGAAUCACUCAGGUGUAUCUCCCUCUGUGAUCCUGAGGGCGUCAAUGCCUUCGUCCUGGUCCUACCUGUGGGUCCCCUCAUUUAUGAAGACAAGAAAGAGUUAGAGACCAUCCAAAAUACUUUCAGCUCUCGAGUCAAUGAUUUCACCAUGAUUCUUUUUAUUACAGAGGCAAAUCCUAACUUUCCACCAGUUGAAAAGUUUCUGCAGGAAAACAGAGACAUCCAGCAGAGCUGUGGAGGACGAUAUGUUGUCUUCAACAUCAAGGACAAGCAGCAGGUCUCUAAGGUGUUACAUACUGUAGAAAACAUGAGAGUUGUGGGAUGCAGAGGCUUCACAAAAGGUAUGUUUCCCGAGCCUUCGGCGAGUCAGCUUAGAAGACAUGUAUCUUUAAAAAAUGAGGAAGGUUACAGGCCUAAAUAUCAGAGUAGAGAGUUUCCCAGGAAGGUGAAGAGGACAGAGUCUUUCAUGAUGGCCAAGAGUAGAGAGCCUCCCAGGAUGGUGAAGAACCGAGAGUCUCCCAGGAUGGUGGAGAACAGAGAGCCUCUCAGGAUGGUGCAGAGCAGAGAACCUCUCAGGAUGGUGGAGAACAGAGAGCCUCUCAGGAAGGUGCAGAGCAGAGAGCCUCUCAGGAUGGUGCAGAGCAGAGAGUGUCUCAGGAUGGUGCUGAUUGGGAAGACUGGUUGUGGAAAGAGUGCCACUGGAAACACUAUUUUGGGCAAAGAAUGUUUCAAAUCGAAAGUCUGCAUGAAGUCAGUGACCAGGCUUUGCCAAAAAGAAGAGGGAGAGAUUGAUGGGCAGCCUAUCACUAUGGUGGACACUCCCGGGUUGUUCGACACGACUUUGUCCAACAAUGAAGUUCAACAGGAGCUUGUGAAAUGCAUCAGCUUGUUGGCUCCAGGACCUCAUGUGUUUUUAUUAGUCCUGCAGAUCGGCCGCUUUACACAAGAGGAAAAAGAAACUGUGGAGCUUAUCAAGACAUUUUUUGGCAAGAAGUCAGAAGACUUCAUCAUUGUUAUAUUUACCAGAGGAGAUGAACUUAAAGAACAAACAAUUGAGGAUUUCAUAGAGGAAGACACUGAGGGCUUCCUCAAAAAACUGACAACUGAAUGUGGAGGAAGAUACCAGGUCUUCAAUAACAAUGAUCAGAAGAAUCGUUCUCAAGUCAGCAAGCUGCUGAACAAGAUUGAGGCAAUGGUCAAGAAAAAUUAUGGUGGCUAUUACACUUCAGAGAUGUUCAGAGAGGCAGAGGCAGCCAUACAAAAGGAAAUGGAGAAGAUCAUGAAGGAGAGGGAACCCGAGAUACAGAGGGAGCAGAGGGACCUUGAAAGAAAACAUCAAGAAGAAAUGCGGAAGAAGAAAAUGAAAAUGGCAGAGCUAAUAAGUGAAUUUGAUCAAGAAAAGGGAGCCAAACUAGUCAAAGAACAGGAGGACCACCUGAGACAGGAGCAGGAGAAGAGGAAAAGAGAAAGGGAAAGGAGAGAAGAAGAGGAAAGGAAUAAGAAAAUGCAGGAGGAAUUCCAACGACACGAGUGGGAACAAAAACUUGAAAGUCUGGAGAAAAAACUUAAAUAUGGAUCAGAAAAAACCUCAACUGCUGAAAGGAUGGUAUUAAUACGAAGUAGAGAAGACAUGAGAAAAGAACAUGAGGCUUGGGAGCAGGAAAGUAGGGAAUGGUGGGCGAAACGACAUCAAGAAGAUGAACAGAGACGAGAGGAGCAAACACGACUCAUAAAGCUCAGAGAACAACAUGAGCAGGAAUUAAAAAGAUAUGAAAACGAAAGGAAAGAAGAAGCCAGAAUCAGAAGAGAACAAGAGGAAAGAGAAUGGAAAGAAGUACAAGAAAACCAUAAGAAGAAACUGGAGGAAAUAAGGAGGAAAAAUGAAGAGGAGGCCAGAAAGCAAGCUGAAGAAUUCAAUGAAUUCAGACAGACAUACACCAACAAUGUUUGGGCUGAGAUGGAAAAGUAUGGAAAGGAAAUAGAGGAUCUGAAGCUGGAGCAAAAAAACCAAAAUGACUUGAUGAUAAGACGGCUGAGCAGAAACAAAGUAUACCGGAAAGACUUUGAUAAAUUGAAGCAAAGACAAGAACAAGAAAUGGAUGAGCUGAAAUCGACACUUUUCUACAACAAAGAAAGUCUGAACAAAGAAAUCAAUGAGCUAAAGAAAACACAUGAGGAGGAAAUAAAUGACUGGAUACAGGAACAUGUGAAAAAAGCCAUAGACAACAAGGCUUGUUGCAUUUUAUGAGAUGUUUCGUUUUUUUCUAACAGUGGAACAGUUUCACCUCCAAAACUGUGAACUUUUGUUUUGAGGACUUAAAAUAUUAAAGGUUCAAUGUGUAAGAUUUAAGGGGGUCUAUUUGCAUAAUAUGGCAAUAAUAUUCACCAGUAUAUAAUCACCUGAAAAUAAGAAUUGUUGAGUUUUCAUUACCUUAGAAUAAGCCCUUAAUAUCAGAGAGAGCGGGUCCCCUUCCACCAUGGAAGGAAGAGUCCACCAUGUUGAACCACUACAUUUCUACAGAACAGACCAACCAAACACCGGCUCUAAUAGGGCCGUUCGGAUUUUUCGCAAGUUUAGCGGCCAUUAUAGUUUCUCCUACACGCUUGGAAGGGGAGGGUGAGGUGAGCGGAAUUCAGUUGGUUGUAAUCUGCACAACUUCACUGCUAGAUGCCACUAAAUACUACACACUGCUCCUUUAAGUGAAAUCGAAUUUGUAAAAUGUAAAUGCAAAUGCAAAAUGUAAACUAGUGACACCUGAUGACAAGUUAUAUGGUUAUAAUCAUGUAUUUAUUUUUGUUUUACAAGGAAUGUAUAUUGUCUCAUUUAUAUUAAUAACUGCAGUCAUAAAUUUUAACUAAACAU